AUGGCCAAGGGAUGCACCGAAUUCUUUUACGACGACGCCGUUUGCGAACGCCUCGCCUAUUUCAACGAGCCCUCCGAGUUCCUCCUCCUAGGUCUAUCCGAAGCUGGCCACGAAACGUUGUUGAGAAACCUCCGGGUCGCUGCUGAUGCCGCUGUUUCGGUGGUUUCCCAGAGCGAGGAGCUAUUUUUAACACCCCCUUGGUCCGUCCCAGCGUCAGCCGUGAGUGAGACCGACGAGGACGGCGAUUGGAAAUAUGACCCCCAGCCCACCACCCAGAUCCAUGAACUCACCGUGAACAAGGCGCGUCUGUCUUGUUUUGACUUGGGCGGCCGAAACCCACUUAGACGCUGGGCCCAGCGACAGAUCGUGGGGGGGUAUAUCGACGGCAACUCAGACAUGACAACAUCAUUACCAUUAUACCAAUAUCGACGAAGCGGAGUGGUGUUUGUGGUGGACUGGGGAGACUUGCCAUCAAUCAGCGAGACGAAAGACGAGCUGCUGGCAUUGAUGGAGAAAGACCUGUUCGGUGAUAUCCCGAUCGCUGUUCUGUUGAAUAAUUUUGACGAGAGCCCGGACGAUGAUCUGCACAUGAAGUACCUGGAAAUAGCCAAGCAGUGGUACGAAUCCUUCUCUAACGCAUAUUGGUACGUGAAGCUGUUUAUCGCGUCAGUAGAAGAUCGGCGGGGUUACUUGGAGGCUUUCACAUGGCUGUUGAGCCGGGAACGGGAGCUAUGA